AUGGAGGUGGUGGAGGAGGCGCUACACGUGCUGGUCGAGGACAUGGUGCAGCAGGAACUGGAGGCCAUUGGAGAGGAGUAUGUGCUCGGUGAGGUGGCCGAGUUGACAGCCGCCUCCCUGCUGGAGGAAGAGACAGAGCAGCUCUCCACGGCAACCUGCACGGAGGAGUACCUCCGCGCAGAAGAACAACGCCUGCAGGAGAAGCUUCUUGCCAAGCGGCAGGCACGGGAGGAUGAGCAACAAGCACAGGAGCAACUGGUAGCCGAGAUCCUCCGUGAGGGGCUGCAGAACGAGACGGAGGGCAUCUGCAGGGGCUGCCACCAGGAGGCUCUGGGCCAAUGGCAGAGCAGCCAGAGUGAGCUCAUCCUGGCCAGCCUGCUGGACGAAGUGCCCCUCGAGGAGAGCAGCCGUGUGGCCAGGGACAGCCUGGCCGAGGAGUGGGCCCAGCACGAGGACAAGCACAGGAGGGCCGAACUCUUCUACCGUCACUCCCUGAUGGCUGCCGCAUUUGCCAACACGCCGGUUGACGACUCCUUCCUCCGAAUAAUCUGGCUUCAGCGUCCAUACCGACACGCACAGGCCAUCCCCCAGGUUCAGGCGAAUCUACCGCUGGACCAGCUCGCCCACAUCGCGGGCCGAGUCGUCGAAGUCUUCUACCAUCGCCACCUCUCAUCGUCCAUGCUGUCGGUGCCCCACAGCCCACCCCCGAGCUCGUGUGCCGUAUCGACUAAAUAA